CGGCGGCCGUGGGUGAGGUGACUUCCGGCGGGGUGGGCGCAGGGUCGCGGCAUACCAGUCGUGGUGGGCGCAGCGCGAUGACCACGCUGAGGGCCUUCACCUGCGACGAUCUGUUCCGCUUCAACAACAUUAACUUGGAUCCACUUACAGAAACCUAUGGGAUUCCCUUUUAUUUGCAGUACCUCGCCCACUGGCCGGAGUAUUUCAUCGUGGCGGAGGCUCCUGGGGGAGAGUUGAUGGGCUACAUCAUGGGCAAAGCAGAGGGCUCUGUUGCGAGAGAGGAGUGGCAUGGCCAUGUCACAGCUCUGUCUGUCGCUCCUGAAUUUCGGCGCCUUGGUUUGGCUGCUAAACUCAUGGAGUUACUAGAAGAGAUCUCAGAGAGAAAGGGCGGUUUCUUCGUUGAUCUCUUCGUCAGAGUGUCUAACCAGGUUGCAGUCAACAUGUAUAAGCAGCUGGGCUACAGCGUGUACCGGACCGUCAUAGAGUACUACUCGGCCAGCAACGGGGAGCCAGACGAGGAUGCCUAUGAUAUGAGGAAAGCACUUUCCAGGGACACAGAGAAGAAAUCCAUCAUCCCAUUGCCCCACCCGGUGAGGCCUGAAGACAUUGAAUAACCUUGGGCAGUGGCUCUUAGGCAGAUAGGCAGAUUGAUGUCCCAGUAGUUUGUGGACAUUAUUUUCAUUGGAUGACGUUGGAGUUCUUAGAUUAGGAGAAAAGCGUAUCAUUUAGGUCUAAAAAACUUCAAGAAAAUAUGGAUUAUAAAGUGUAUUUUAAAUCUCAUUUCCAGUUAGUAUUACACCUAUUAAAGCUGUUCACCAUAAUGAUAUUCAGUCAAGAAAACCACUAGGUCAGGCCAGUGCCACUGUCGUCAUUCAGUGUCUACCGUGUGCCAGGGAAAAAACUUGCUUCGACCCCAACUCUGCCUGAGAGCCACUGCUGCAAUACAUAUUUAUUUUGUUAUGAACUGUCAACUGAAGCUUUAAAAGCAUAUAUGAAAUGUAUAAAUCUUAGAUGUCUUAAUAAAAGACAUUGUUGACUGUC